AUGGCUAAUCAGCAGGAGACUGUUACCAAGAAUCUACUAGAUCCUUUACUAGAUGGUGAGAACAUUGACCAGGCGAUCAAAGAUCUCAUGGUUACCCAGCUGAUCGAGGAAAAGAUAUAUUCUAUUAUGUUGCUGGCCAAUGUCGGUGAAGAAACUGUUACACGUAUGACUGGUCGCAUCCCAGCUGAACAACAACAAUUCUUCAAACUACAUCUGGUCUCACUGGUUGAGGAGGCCAAGGCCUGGCGUACAGCCAAACGUCGCAGGCAGGAGCAAGAGAAAGAGGCUAAUGAUCUAGCGUCCUACCGGGACAACCUUCGCCACAGAUUUGGCAAGAAGGUCGAGCUUCCCACUAACAUUAUGCCUCCUACAAGUUUGAUCGCUAAGGUCGGGAAGGCUCCUUACGACUACAUUCCAGUUCAAGAAUUUCUCGGCACAUCAUCUUCCUCUCCCAACAAUACCAAAGUGAAACAUCUUGAAGAUAUCAAUACCGGUAAGAUGGCAGCGGUCAGGAUUGGGAAGGUCAAGAAGAUCAACACGUUGGCACAGUGGGUUGAGGGCUUCGCCAAGUGGUGCAUGGCAUUGCUCAUGGUGGAACCUGACAAUCAGGUGGUGAAUCCUCUCGGUAUGCUUUCUUAUUUGGUUCGAGUAGUCUCCCUGGCUGAGGAGAAGUCCCCGCUUCUGCUAUUCUCUUCGAUCAUUCCUACCGGUCGAAACUGA